ACUUUGAAAGUUCAAAGUUUCAAAAAAAUUAAAACAAAAAAACAAAAGAAAUCAUAUAAAGCUUAAAAUAAGGCAUAUAUGGUCCCUCCAAUCCAUCAUCCACACAAGUUUUCAUCCGUUACUAAUAAAGUUUAAGCCUUUUAUUUUAUUUUAAUUUUAAAUUUGAUAUAUAAAUAGCAGCUCUAUGCUCUGUCUUUCUUGUUAAAUUACUACUUUGCCCUUUUCCCUUUCCUUUUCUCCCUCGCAUAUUCUCAGAGCAGUCGGUGAGAAAAAGCUUCUCCAAUGGAGUCCACUGAACCCAAAGGGGUUCUCACUUACGGAGGAAAGUACGUUCAGUACAAUGUUCUCGGCAACCUUUUCGAGGUCUCCUCCAAGUAUGUUCCUCCUAUUCAACCCGUCGGUCGCGGUGCAUACGGCAUCGUUUGUUGUGCAACAAAUUCUGAGACGAAAGAGGAGGUGGCUAUAAAAAAGAUUGGCAAUGCAUUUGACAACAGCAUUGAUGCCAAGAGGACUCUCAGGGAGAUAAAGCUCCUUUGCCAUAUGGAACAUGAGAAUAUUGUUAAGAUAAAGGACAUCAUAAGACCACCGGAUAGGGAGAAGUUUAACGACGUUUAUAUCGUGUAUGAGUUAAUGGAUACCGAUUUGCAUCAAAUUACACGAUCCACCCAGCCUUUGACAGAUGAUCAUUGUCAGUAUUUCCUAUAUCAAUUGCUGCGUGGAUUGAAGUACAUACACUCUGCAAAUGUUCUGCAUCGGGAUCUGAAACCAAGUAAUCUUCUUCUCAAUGCAAAUUGUGACCUCAAGAUUUGUGACUUUGGCCUUGCAAGAACUACCUCAGAGACAGAUUUCAUGACAGAGUAUGUGGUCACUCGUUGGUACCGAGCGCCUGAAUUGCUACUGAACUGUUCAGAAUAUACUGGCGCAAUUGAUAUAUGGUCAGUUGGGUGCAUCUUGAUGGAGACUAUAGGAAGAGAACCACUAUUUCCUGGUAGAGACUAUGUUCAGCAGUUGACUUUAAUAACUGAGCUAAUUGGCUCUCCUGAGGAUUCAGAUCUUGGAUUCCUAAGAAGUGAUAAUGCAAGGAAGUAUGUUAAGCAGCUUCCACGUGUCCCCAAGCAACCUUUUGCACAAAAGUUCCCAAAAGCAUCUCCCGAGGCAAUUGAUCUCGCGGAAAAGAUGCUAGUAUUCGAUCCAUCCAAACGCAUUACUGUUGAUGAAGCACUGAACCACCCGUACUUAGCAAGUCUUCACGAGAUCAACGAGGAGCCCGUAUGCCCAUCUCCAUUUGUCUUUGAUUUCGAAAAGAUAUCCCUGAACGAAGAAGACAUAAAGGAGCUCAUAUGGAGUGAAGCUCUGAACUUCAAUCCAGAGAAUGUGCUGGAAUAGUCUCUCUAAGUUAUUAUCCUUUUGUUUCUGUUAUUUUAGCUCACUAGAUAAGGAUUGGUUUCGGUUUGUAACUAUAUAAUGAUUGGUAUGAGUUUUCUGAGGGUGAGAGGUUCUCCCUCAUUGUAUUGAGAGGAUAAAUUAAAUAGUGGUGUUGGGAAGUUGGGGUGGCUCAUUUUGAGAACCUUGUGAGAGAGUGGUAGCCAUGGAGAUGAGAUGGGAUGGUUGGUAUGCAUAAAAGUGAAGGUUUUGAUCUGCUAGCCUUCUGAGCUUGAGGCAGUGAUGUUAGUGUGUUUGUAUAUGUAAAUGGGAGGGGAUAUCAUAUCAGUAUAGGGAGAGAAAGAUGCUCAUAAUAAACAUGGUUAGAAUUUUACUAUUAUUUGGUGAAAAUAAAUAUAAUUUUGUUCCUCUUAA